GCCAGCCGCCUUCCCCUGUGCUGUGGAUCUCUGCGCCAUUGUCACCACUCGCCAAGUUACCACAUCCAUCCGCCCACAGCGUUGCAGCAUCUCGUAUAGGCUGUAGCACCCUGUUCUCCGAUCCUACCGGUCUUCUUCCCUGCUGCAAAGCCUGCGGCGCGACGCUCUCCGCUCCAAAAACUCCAACGCCUUUACCUGCCUCCUCCCCCUCCCCCUCCGGAAACCCGUCGCUCUGAUCCAAAAAGAAAGCGGCAGCUGCUAGCUAGCUGAGCUCGAGCUCCUAACCUGGUCUGUCCCGCGCACACAAUCGCGCCCGCCCUGUCUAGCAAGCUAGAGAGACGCCUCCAGUUAUUGCACCGGGGAUAUCGCUGCGGAGUGGGCGGCGGAUAGCUGCGCUGCUACUCCUUCGUGCGUGUGGGAGAGAAGUAAUUGUGAAGGAGGCAAGCACGCAAAAGAACGCCCUCGCCUCCCGCGCGCGCCCUCACGUGAUUUAUACUUGCGGCCUCCUCCUCUUUCCCUCUUGCAAGCACCAAACACACACUCAGCUCCUCUCCUAGCUAGCUCUACCUGCUCUCCUGCCCUCGUGGCAGCUGCCGCCAAGAAAGUGAGGGUGACCAGCCGCGGGAGAGAGAUGGUUGAGGCGGAGGCUCUGGUGGUGAGGGAGUACGACAGCGAGAGCGACCGCGGCGGCGUGGAGGAGGUGGAGCGCGCGUGCGAGGUGGGUUCCAGCGGCGCCGGCAAGAUGUGCCUCUUCACGGACCUCCUCGGCGACCCGCUCUGCCGCAUUCGUAACUCGCCGGCCUACCUCAUGCUGGUCGCGGAGACAGCAACCGGCGGUGGGGAAACCAACGGCACGGAGAUCGCCGGACUCGUCCGCGGCUGCGUCAAGUACGUCGUCUCCGGCUCCACCCGGGCCAGGGACCCCAUCUACACCAAGGUCGGCUACAUCCUCGGCCUUCGUGUGUCGCCGAGCCACCGGAGGAAGGGGGUGGGGAAGAAGCUGGUGGAUCGGAUGGAGGAGUGGUUCCGGCAAAUGGGGGCCGAGUACUCAUACAUGGCGACGGAGCAGGACAACGAGGCAUCGGUGCGGCUCUUCACCGGCCGCUGCGGCUACGCCAAGUUCCGCACGCCGUCCGUGCUCGUGCAUCCGGUGUUCGGCCACGCCCUCGAGCCCUCGCGGAGCGCGGUCAUAGUGCGCCUCGAGCUGCGGGAGGCCGAGCUGCUCUACCGCUGGCACUUCGCAGCCGUCGAGUUCUUCCCCGCCGACAUCGACGCCGUGCUGUCCAACGCCCUAUCGCUCGGCACUUUCCUGGCCAUUCCGGCGGGGUCGCGGUGGGAGGGCGUGGAGGCGUUCCUGGCCUCGCCGCCGGUUUCGUGGGCCGUGCUGAGCGUGUGGAACUGCAUGGACGCCUUCCGCCUGGAGGUGCGCGGCGCGCCACGCCUGAUGCGCGCCGCGGCUGGCGCGACCCGGCUGGUGGACCGCGCGGCGCCGUGGCUCAAGAUCCCCUCCAUCCCCAACCUGUUCGCGCCGUUCGGGCUCUACUUCCUGUACGGCCUCAGCGGCGCCGGCCCGGACGCCCCGCGGCUCGCGCGUGCGCUGUGCCGCCACGCGCACAACAUGGCACGCCGCGGCGGCUGUGGCGUCGUGGCCACCGAGAUCAGCGCCAGCGAGCCCGUCCGCGCCGGGGUACCGCACUGGGCGCGCCUCAGCGCCGACGACCUCUGGUGUAUCAAGCGGCUCGCCGACGGCUACAGCGACGGGCCGCUCGGCGACUGGACCAAAGCGCCCGCUGGGCACUCAAUAUUCAUCGACCCGAGGGAGUUUUAGGUUGAUAAAAUGCACUUAGCCUUUAGGGUUUUUUCCUCGGCCGUCCGAUCGCUCAUCCGACGGCUCGUAGAGUGGCUUCCCAACUCAACAUUUUGAGUUUCGAACAUGCGGUGCAUUUAGGCGUAAUUUCCACUAGAAUUUAGUUAAAUUUCCUACAUUUAGAUUUGAAUACAGCAGCUCUUCUGCUUGGAUGGAAAUGGCAGUUGCUGGUUAGUUGCACUACUACAAAAUCAGCAAUAUAUGUCGGAUCCUAAUCAGCCGACAGUGAUAGUGCUUCAGUGUUGAUCCAUAUGUC